GUCGUGAAAAUGCAGACAGAAACGAGCAAAAACUAAAUUAACAGUGACACUGAUAACGUUCUAAUCCGUUAUUCAAGUAUGAAUUGGAAACUGUUUCUGCAGAUAAAAUCAAUCGUGUGCUUAACGGUUUUUAUUCGACGUAUUUCUUGUAACGAGCAUUGCAGUGAGUAUGACAUUUGUCCUCAAAAUAAGCCAUUUUGUUCAGAGGCUGGGUGUGUGUUUGAAUGUCCGCAGUCAUUUUAUGUCAAUGGGACAAUUUGUGUGUCAACAUGUGGCGACUGGUUUGUAAAAGAUCGGCUUUGCUUACGGCAGUGUCCUGAUAAAUGGCACGCGAGAGAAACACUUAAAUUAGUCGAUGGACUAGUGUAUAUGGAAAAAUACUGCACUUCGUCAUGUAACAGUACAGAAUAUUUAUUUGAAAAUACUUGUGUUCGGGCAUGUCCUUUGAGCAAUAUUUAUAUAAACAACCGCGUAUGUAGCUCUCAUUGUACAAACGAUAACUAUUUGCUAUCAAAUUUUUCAAUCAAUUCAAUUACAUACCAUGAAUGUGUUGGGCAAUGUCCACAUUUUGUCGAUGACAUUUACUGCACAGAUAAAUGCGGCGAUGACAAAUUUGUAUUAAAUUCCACUUGUGUAGACAAGUGUUCAGAAAAAUAUCCUCUGAUUUCAGAUAAAGUUUGUGUUAGUACAUGCCCAGUUACUACAGUGUACAUAGAAAAUAACGUGUGCUUUAGAAAUUGCACAAAUGAAAAACCCUUUUAUACGAAUAAAACUUGCACUAAGACAUGUCCCCAGGAUUUUUAUCUCACUAUCCGUAGCGGAAUCGUUUUCUGUGAACAAAAGUGUCAGACUGGAGAAUAUACGUAUAAAAACACUUGCUUAAAUUCAUGCGCGGAUGAUGGCAAAAGAGAUUUCUAUCUAUUUUACCUUAAUCAAACGUGUGUAGAGGAAUGUCCCUCGAAUUACCUUUUUCAAAAGUACGAAUACUAUUUUGUAGGAAGCUGUGUUGCGUCUUGUUCUAAGGAUGAGUUUAUUUACAACCGAACCUGUGUCAAAUAUUGUCCUGGAGACACUUUUUUGAUUAACAAUAAAUGCGUAAACAAAUGCCCGGAAAAUUUUCCUUACAUUUGCUUAAUAGGAAAAGGUGGGAAAUGCAACGGAGAUGGUCCUAGUCCAAAUGCAUUAUCACAAAAAAUAUGUAUGUCUAGCUGUCCGAAGAACACUUUCAUUUUUGAAAAUUCCUGUGUAGCAAAAUGUCCGAUAUCCUAUCUAGUAUCCGAACAAGAAUGUGUACCCGAAUGUCCGAAAGGCAAUCCUCUUAUUCAAAAUAGAACUAUUUCAUAUAACACAUGGACACGAUGUUUCUAUUGCUAUUCGGACUGGAAAACAACUAUUCAAACGGACCAAAUCCUGGAAUGCGUUUCUGAUUGUCGUAAAGGCAUGGUGAUUUUGAAUUCUACAUGUGUCUAUGAGUGCCCGUAUAAUUACCGUUAUAUCGAGAAUGGAACAUGUCGAAUAAACGCAUGUACAACGAAAUAUAUGUAUAAUGACUCUUCAAACAUGAUAUGUACAGACUCAUGUGAGGAUGAAUUCUUUAUUUACAAUAACACGUGCGUGAAAGUGUGUCCAGAUAAUGUCUUCAUAACAAAUAAAACGUGCCAUUUAGAUACAUGCGAAACAAAGUACAUGUACAAUACAUCUACUGUGAUGAUUUGCACAGAGGACUGCACAAAAUACGGAUUAAGCAAUAACAAUGUUUGUGUUGAACAGUGCCCUUUCUACGUCGUUAAUGAUACAUGUGUGCAAACAUGUCCGAAAAGUCAUGCCUUCAUAGCGAAUCAAACUCGCAAAGUACAAUGUGGUUAUGAACAAAAGAACUGUCAGAAAAUAAUUAGUUACAACGAAUGUAAAGUAAGAUGUCCGGAAACAUUAUAUAUACACAAAGACCUGUGUUUAGAUAUAUGCCCAACAUCACAUUUUGUUUUCAACUGGACAUGUGUAACAAUAUGUCCACCGUCGCACCCGUUUCACCAACAAGUAGAUGACACACUAUUCAUGUGUGGAUAA